GCCUAAUCAAGGAUGGUGAAAAAUAUAGACUUUUGUGUAAACGUCAUGGACACUCCUGUGCUCUAUGCAUUUGUUCUGCGGUGCAAGGUGAUACGUCAUUAUUUCGAGUGGGAGUUGAGGCUCUCGAUCUCGUCAGUUCUUUAUUCAUUUGCGCAGGUUUUUCGACAUUUGUUCAAGUACACUUUUGCCAGGGAUAUCUACACAUUGCUGAGUUAGCUACUGUACCUAAAAUAUCAUUCUGAAAUAUCACUGUUGGUGGAGAACAUGAGUGUUGAGGCGUACGGGCCGAGCUCGCAGACUCUCACGUUCCUGGACACCGAGGAAGCCGACUUGCUUGGAGCAGAUACGCAGGGUUCGGAAUAUGAGUUCACAGAUUUUACCCUACCGAGCCAGACUCAAACAGGCCAGACGCAGAGUCAGUUGGACAACCAGGUGAAUGGACCUGAUGGAGUUCUGCAGAAUGGGGAAGACUCUGUUGUAAAAACAAGUCAACUCCUUGCAGAGUUGAACUUUGAAGAAGACGAGGAGGACACCUAUUAUACUAAAGACCUCCCAGUCCAUGCAUGCAGUUACUGUGGUAUUCAUGAUCCGGCAUGCGUGGUGUAUUGCAACACCAGCAAGAAGUGGUUUUGCAAUGGACGCGGCAAUACGUCUGGCAGUCACAUUGUGAACCACCUGGUCAGAGCAAAGUCCAAGGAGGUGACUCUGCACAAGGACGGUCCUCUGGGUGAGACGGUGCUGGAGUGCUACAACUGUGGCUGUCGCAACGUCUUUCUCCUCGGGUUCAUCCCCGCCAAGGCCGACUCUGUGGUGGUACUGCUUUGCAGGCAGCCAUGUGCCAGUCAGAGCAGUCUGAAAGACAUCAACUGGGACAGCUCCCAGUGGCAGCCGCUGAUCCAGGACCGCUGCUUCCUCUCCUGGCUGGUGAAGAUCCCCUCAGAACAGGAGCAGCUUCGGGCCCGCCAGAUCACCGCCCAGCAGAUCAAUAAGCUGGAGGAGCUCUGGAAGGAAAACCCGACAGCCACUCUGGAGGACCUUGAGAAGCCCGGCGUGGACGAGGAGCCUCAGCACGUGUUGCUGCGCUAUGAGGAUGCCUACCAGUACCAGAACAUAUUUGGCCCCCUGGUCAAACUGGAGGCCGACUACGAUAAGAAACUCAAAGAGUCCCAGACCCAAGACAAUAUAACUGUCAGGUGGGACUUGGGACUCAAUAAAAAGCGGAUUGCUUAUUUCAGCCUUCCCAAGACGGACUCAGGUGACAUGCGCCUGAUGCAGGGUGAUGAAAUUUGCCUGAGGUACAAGGGAGAUCUUGCCCCACUCUGGAAGGGUAUUGGACAUGUCAUCAAAGUACCAGACAACUAUGGCGACGAGAUAGCCAUCGAGCUGAGGAGCAGUGCUGGGGCUCCCGUGGAAGUACCACAUAACUUCCAGGUUGACUUUGUGUGGAAGUCCACCUCUUUUGACAGGAUGCAGAGUGCCCUGAAGACCUUUGCCGUGGACGAGACCUCUGUGUCCGGGUACAUCUACCACAAGCUGCUGGGUCACGAGGUGGAGGACGUGGUCAUCAAGUGUCAGCUGCCCAAACGCUUCACCGCCCAGGGCCUGCCUGACCUCAACCACUCACAGGUGUAUGCUGUGAAGACCGUGCUGCAGCGUCCUCUCAGUCUCAUUCAGGGGCCCCCUGGCACGGGGAAAACGGUCACCUCUGCCACUGUAGUCUACCACCUGGCCAGACAGGGCAACGGGCCAGUGCUGGUGUGCGCUCCCAGCAACAUCGCGGUGGACCAGCUGACUGAGAAGAUCCACAUGUCGGGCCUGAAGGUGGUGAGGCUCUGUGCCAAGAGCAGAGAGGCCAUCGACUCUCCCGUGUCCUUCCUGGCUCUGCACAACCAGAUCCGCAACAUGGACAGUAUACCAGAGCUUCAGAAGCUGCAGCAGCUGAAGGACGAGACUGGGGAGCUGUCCUCCUCUGAUGAGAAGCGAUACAGGGCCCUGAAGCGCACCGCCGAGAGGGAACUACUCACGAAUGCUGAUGUGAUCUGCUGUACCUGUGUGGGGGCAGGAGACCCCCGCCUGGCCAAGAUGCAGUUCCGCUCCAUCCUCAUUGAUGAGAGCACGCAGGCCACUGAGCCCGAGUGCAUGGUGCCUGUCAUACUGGGGGCCAAACAGCUGAUUCUGGUGGGAGACCACUGCCAGCUGGGUCCAGUAGUGAUGUGUAAGAAGGCAGCCAAAGCGGGCCUGUCCCAGUCCCUGUUUGAGCGUCUGGUGGUGCUGGGCAUCAGGCCCAUCCGUCUGCAGGUGCAGUACCGUAUGCACCCGGCCCUCAGCGCCUUCCCCUCCAACAUCUUCUACGAGGGCUCCCUGCAGAACGGAGUCACCGCGGCUGACCGCAUCAAGAAAGGCUUUGACUUCCAGUGGCCACAGCCAGACAAGCCCAUGUUCUUCUAUGUGACCCAGGGCCAGGAGGAAAUCGCAAGCUCCGGAACCUCCUAUCUAAACAGAACUGAGGCUUCCAACGUGGAGAAGAUCACCACUAGGCUGCUAAAGGCCGGGGCCAAGCCUGACCAGAUAGGCAUCAUCACCCCCUACGAGGGCCAGAGGUCCUACCUGGUGCAGUACAUGCAGUUCAGUGGCUCUCUCCACACCAAGCUCUAUCAGGAGGUGGAGAUAGCCAGUGUCGAUGCCUUCCAGGGCAGAGAGAAGGACUUCAUCAUCCUGUCCUGUGUCAGAGCCAACGAGCACCAGGGCAUCGGCUUCCUCAACGACCCACGACGUCUCAACGUGGCUCUCACCAGGGCCAGGUAUGGGGUUAUCAUCGUGGGCAACCCCAAGGCCCUGUCCAAGCAGCCUCUGUGGAACCACCUUCUCAACUACUACAAGGAGCAGAAGGUUCUGGUGGAGGGACCCCUCAACAACCUGAGGGAGAGCCUCAUGCAGUUCAGCAAGCCUCGCAAGCUGGUCAACGCCGUCAACCCUGGGGGCCGUUUCAUGAGCACAGCCAUGUAUGAUGCCAGGGAAGCUCUUAUUCCUGGAUCUGUGUAUGACCGCAGCAGCACUGCACGUACAUCCAACAUGUACUUCCAGACCCACGACCAGAUUGGCAUGAUUGGCCCAGGCCCCAUGGCCUCUCUGAACAUCCCCAUCCCCUUCAACCUGGUCAUGCCCCCCAUGCCCCCGCCAGGCUACCUGGGCCAGGUCAACGGCCCCCAAGCAGGCCGUGGCGGAGGUAUGAAGAGUAGAGCGGGCGGAGGGGCACGAGGCGGGCGCCAGAGGAGCCGUGGUAUGGCGAGCCAUGGCGGGGGCAACGGGCAGCAUGGUCAAAUGAGUGGCAGCCAGGCCAGCCAGGACCUGGGCUCCCAGCCUUUCUCCCAGGGACCCCUCACACAGGGCUACAUCACCAUGAGCCAGCCCUCCCAGAUGAGCCAGCCUGGCCUGUCCCAGCCUGAACUCUCCCAGGACAGCUACCUUGGCGAUGAGUUCAAGUCCCAGAUUGACGUGGCCCUCUCCCAAGACUCCACCUACCAGGGUGAACGAGCCUAUCAACAUGGCGUGACUGGACUGUCCCAGUACUAGAGUGUCGUGGGAAAAGGAGCUAAGCCUGUGCUGAGCUUAGUUCGCCUGCAUUUUAAUCUGGGUAAAAUCAAAAAAAGAAACAUGGAUACCCGUUUUCCACGGCUACAACUGAAGCACCACUGUGUGAAAGCAACAGGAGAGAGACCGAGAGAGACCAACCAAUCACAAGAGUGAGAGCAAAAUGGGGGUUGAGCUGGACAGGCCGAGCGAGUGGGAGGGAGGGAGAGAGGAGGCCCUGCUCGCACACGGAGACAUGGAGAAAAAGGAGAAGCAGCAUACGUCGGAAGUAGCGCCAUCGGAGAGACGGGACCUUCGGUGAUGAUUUGAGGGACGAAGGUUGUGGAUCCUCUUGGGGGACACAGGAGUCACAUCUCCCCGCCUCCCGGGACCACCAGUUAGUUGGCUGAGUUCCUUGCUCUUGGAGCAGAGAGACUGAGAAGAGGAGUUCUAACACAACCCUUCAAGCUCAAUCCACAAAACCGUCUCCUGCCAGCCAGAGGGGGGGGGGGGGGGGGGGGCAGGCAGUCAGUCGAUUUGGGAAAAUUUCUAGCCUCAAAGUUGAACCGUGCUCUGCAUUUGAACAUGUUUGAGAGAGGGGGAGAGAGGAAAGGGCUCGUGCGGACCAAGAGGUCUUGGUGGAACAUCUCAAGCGGAAUCAAAUGGUGCAGGAGUCGGGAAAGGAUUCUGACCCUUCAUCUUUUUCAGCUUUGAGUUGGAAAGUUUUCUACACGAGGUCUGUCGUCGCAGAGGUUCUGAAAUAAGAAGCUUGUGAAUUUCGCUGGCUUUCCGCUUGGGUCUUUCUCAAGGUGGUCUACUAAGGAAAAGUGGUGGAAUGGCUCUUGGAAACUAUUAAAGGAAGACAUUAUUGUCUCGAGAUCCAAAGUGGUAGUUUGCGAGACGUUUUCAUUUUUCCCUGCUGUGUAUCGUUCUGUAGUACAAAAAGAGUAAAAAGAAUAUCAUAACCAACUGAUUGUAAUUGAAUGAAGCAGCUAUCACUUGAUCUUCUAAAUGACAUCCAGGUUAUUAGUUUAAAAAGCAUCACAGCUCCACAGACAUGAAAGCGCUUGUAGGACACGUAUCUUUUCCAUGGCUACAAUUCAUUAACCCCACAGUAAGGGGGGGAAGUUAUCUCUAGAGCCCUAAGUUUAAACAUGAAAUUCUGUAUUAAAUCAUGUUUUCCUUUUAUUGGUCAUGAUUCGCUUAGCUUCAGAUAAGAGGUGCUUCACAAGGGAACAUGAAAUUAUGUUCCGAGAGGUUAUAGACAUGAAGCUUGCGAAUACUACAGUCAUAAGACUGGAAGUCUUGAAGUAUAACUGACUACAAAGGAAGGUUGGAAGCGUCUGGCACCUGCUAAAUGUAGGUAUUCAUUGCUGGCUAUCAUUGGCCCCAUAUGAAAAAGAUAACUGAAAUGUAUGAGUUUCUUGACAGAUGGGAGGCAUUUCUGUCUGCCAGAGGACUUGAAUUCAUUUUGGUCCACGUUGGUGUUGUAGACACAGGUAGUUUUUAUUUAGUGCCCAUUUUUAAAGGGUGUGGUGUAGAUUUGUCUAGCCCCCACCACAUCUUGCCCCCUUUAAAAAAUGUUGGGGGAUGUAGUAGAUUGCGUGAACUGUAUUUUCCAGUUGAAGUUGACAUUUGACUUUUGCCCUCUGAAUGUCCUUUAGUUUUGAUGAAAACGCCAAUACUUACAUCUUCAAACAUGUAGUAGGCCUACCCUGUCUCACACAGAGAGAAGAUGUUGAUGUCAUUUGUAUCAUUGAUGGUCAAGUUUCCCACGUGUAAAGUAGUAUUUUGUGUAAGUCCUAUUUCUGUCACUUCCCUGCCAUGCAGUGCUUGACUUGGACAGAAAUAGGUACCGGUACUUAUUUUGUGUGCCGGUACUGCUUAUAUUUAUGUGCAGGAGCUAGGGUUGGGCGGUAUCCAGAUUUUCUUACAGUUUCUGUACCAUACUGGGGUAUGCGGUAUUACCGGAAGUGCACACAAGGGGCGCUAUUUCAAAACAAUAAUAACCACAAAGUAUUGAAAAUCAUACUGUCUGUAUUUUGAAAUAUCCUGGUAUACGGUAUAUCGCCCAAGCCUAGCAGGACUCCACAAUCCUUUUGAGCUAAUAUUCUAUAAGAGGUACAGCAGUUCAAGCAGGAGAACAUUUUAGGUGCCGGGUCUCCGCUCCGGUGAGCUCCUGCCCAAGUCUAGCGCUGCUGCCAUGUUCGUUUUUAGGUUUGAGAUCUUUCACUCUGAUAUGAUGAAAUGUGUGUAACCAUCACUCAGUAAUUGUGGUACCCUUCCUUCCAUGCUUGUGAUAAUUAAGUAUCAUUUGACAUUUUUCAUGUCAUUUUGCUGAGUCGUGAGAGGCUACGAUUUUCACAAGUCGUAGUUGUAUGCUAGUGACGUGGUUAAACAGUCUGUUAUGAACACCUGUGGAAAGAUGUUUAAGAUGCCACCCAUUCUGACUAAAUCUUUGUACUUACCAAAAUAUCUGAUAUCUGUAUCUUAUAGACAUUAACCACUACCCUCAGAUAAAUGAUGAAAAUGUGUUAUUUUCCCGUGACAACUAUCCCUAUCUGACAAACUGUGUAUGUGCCAUUCAAUAGUACACAUCAAUUGGCAGGUUUCAUCACUAAACAAUGUAUUUUUGUUGUUCCUUUAUGAAAUCGGUCUAUAAUUUCAAAGGGGGAACUACUGAAGAGAAAGGAAAUGUUGCCACAACUAAAUGCAGAGCAUUGAAAUUCAAGUAGAUUAAUUAUCAGCAAAUGAUCCUUUGAGCUGUGUUUGAAGAUGAGCAAACAACAUAACUUUUGAGUGCCCCAUGAGGUACAGGGAAUUUAGAAUGCAAAGAACCUUCAAUUAGGACAAAAUAGCCAACCCCCCCCCCCCCCCUGCCUGUCUGAUCUUAGUAUUAUUUGCCUCUGAGGGGGGUUUGUAUUGAAGUGAGCGAAGUGAUAUUUCUUUCUCUGUGGAAAUAGUUUGAAUAUGAUUGUAGUUCUUUGGUCAUCUGUGUCGCUCACUGAAAUAUCAUCCUUGUAAAAUCUUUGAAAAAUAAAAGGUUGCUUCUUUUCGUUCAUUUUAA